CUUGCUAUUCUCCGCCCUAACGCACCUGAUUCAGCUUGUUGAUUUUUUAACUAUUCCGCGUUGGGGAUGAGGACUCAGCAGCGGCAUCCAACCAAAAAUUCAAAUUGGACUAAAAUCACUUAAAUUGGCUUGAAGAACAUAAUCAAAUCAGAUGUACUGGAAAGCAUGGAAAAAGCUGAUCAAGCUUGUCAUUAUCUUAACUUUUGUCAGCCUAGCCAUCUUUUGGUGGUUUGGGCAACAACUGCCUGUGAGUUUUUUGGUCAGUAUUGCUCAUAAACCAGAGAGAAGGCCAGUCCCACUGAUGGACAGAAAGCUUGCAAACUUGUGUAGUUCUCGACCUGCCUCCCAGUCUGACUCUGCUCACAUCUCUCCCACUGACUCCACCUUCAUCUCACCUGAAGAACUUCAAUUGAUAGAAAAGGCACUGAAGUGGCCAGCCCCUCCCACCUCAGUGACUGCAGUCGAUCAGGCAACGAACGCUUACACAAGUUCAUACAUUUUGCAGAACCCACGCAAAAGCUACAGUGUUGGGGACAAUAUCACAGUGGUCAUAACGGCAAGAGAUGGUUUAAACAACUCAAAAGCAUACGGCGGAGAUUUCUUCCAAGCAAAACUGUUUAAUGCAAAACUAAAAGCAAGUGUAUAUGGGGAGGUGGUUGACCACCACAAUGGCACUUAUACUGCUACCUUCAAGCUGCUCUGGGAAGGACAUGCCAAUGUCUCAAUACGGCUGAUACACUCCAGUGAGGCUGUAGAGGUGCUACUCAGGCACAGAGAACGAGAUCCAGACAAGGUGUUCUUCACGGGCGUGUUCAGAAGGCUUGAUCGCCAGGAAAAAGUGGUGUGUAAUGCCCAGAGGAGUGAGAGGUUGCUAAAGGCCUCUCAGUGCUGCUGUGAAUACAAAAAUCCAAUUACUGGAGAAUCAUGGAUUUGUCGUAAACCCAGCCGUCUGCCAUGCUCAGCCUGGGUGGACCAUGGCAUGGGAGGAUACCAAGCACGGCUGUCCAAACUGGAGUCCACUCUGUUACACAGUAAAUACACCAAUAAAAAUCUACCUGGAGAAGAUAUCACAGUGAAUGUGUCUCGCCGUGAUCUGGACUCAGGUAUGAAUGUGAAGUGUGUUCCAGGACUAGACACGCCUUCACCAGCUGGAUUCUAUCUUCAUGAUAACUGGACGUCACUGAUGUGCCACACCCAAUCUUUCCGCACAGCCAAUCAGACUGUAGCAUGCUUGAAAGACAAGCAGGUUCUGAUGAUGGGAGAUUCCACGUUGAGACAGUGGUACGAGUACCUGUUGAAAACUGUCCCAACACUCAAGCAACUAAACCUGUACACCUCGGCCAAGUCUGGACCGUUUGAGGCUGUGGACACAGGCAACAAUAUUCGACUGGUAUGGAGAGCUCAUGGCCUUCCAAUACGGACCUCCCUGACCCCCCGUGCUGACUUACACUACAUUGCCUCCGAGGUGGCCGCUCUAGCUGGAGGUCAACACUCUGUUGUUGUCUUUACCAUCUGGGCACAUUUCACUACCUUUCCACUGGCCACGUACCUAAAGAGGCUGGCUGGAAUCCGCAGAGCUGUCCAAGCCCUCCUCCAGAGGGCACCACAGACCCUCGUGCUGAUCAAGUCAGCCAACACGGGCUACAAGGACAUUUAUGGCAGCGACUGGUUGUCAUGGCAGCUGGACUGGGCAUUGAGGAUGAUGUUUAGGGAGCUGCCGGUCGUGAUUAUUGACGUUUGGCAAAUGACAUCAUGUCACUACUCACCAGAUGACAUUCACCCAUCUCAAGAAGUGAUAAAGAAUGAAGUAGAUCUGUUACUCUCAUUUGUUUGUCCAAGAUGACAGACAUAUAGCUAUGAAGACAGUGAACCAUGCAUUGUGACAAAGCAUUUGCCCCCUUCCUGAUUUUCUCUAUUCUAGCAUAUUUGUCACAGUGAAUGCUUUUAUAUCUUAAAGCGAAAUGUAAUAUUACACAAAGAAAGCCUUUUCAAACACAAAACACAUUCUUUCAGUUAUUCCAUUUAUAUAAGGAGCAACAUGCACAUCUUUAGCAGCAUUAAUUACUACCAUUUCAACUGCUAUUUGUCAUCAGCUUUUCACAUUGUUGUGAAGAAAUCUGAGCCCUGUAUUCUUCUCAGAACUGUUCUAAUUCUGAUAUAUUGGUAGCAUUUUGAGCAUGAAACGCUUGAUUUGACUAUGCCACUCCACAUUGUUUAAUUUUGUUUCUUUUCAGCCACUUAGAUGUAGACUUGCUUUUCUGUUGGAUCACUGUCUUGCUGCAGAAUCUGAACAUGUUUCAGCUGCAGCUCAUGAACAGAUGCACUGGCAGUCUAUUUAAAGCCCUGUCAACAUGGGUUUAGGUUUAAUAGUAAAGACACUGCAUUUAAAAAGUGUUUACCAGUGGUAUAUUAAAAAAAUAUAUAAUAUUAACACAAUUUAAUAUUAGAUACUUGCUCCAAAUUCUGAGCUACUGUCUGCUCAUUGGUGUGGUUCAGCCAUACAUGUUUGAUUUUGAAAAACAGGGGCCACCCUGCAGGAAAACAGACAAUAUGAGGUCACACAAGCUCCCAUUAUGAGAUAGCACUGUCAUAUAUGUGGACACUGCAAAGAAAUUUAUCAUGUGUCUUAUUGUACGCCACGCCUGAAAAGUGCAGUUGUAAGGAUACACUAUGAACCUUGAUGUUAGGACCAUAGCUGACUUAAUACUAAGCUAAUGUAACAUCUUAUUCCUACAGUUGAUGGACUGCUAGCUAGCGUGCUCUCGAAGAUGAAGUUAAUUGCUUAUGGUAGGAUCCUAAAAUAGGUGGCUAAUGCAAGUAGGAAGCAGUGUAUAGCAAUGCUGCAAAUAACCACGUAAUAAACCUUUAUAACAACCACCAUUAACAAAUUUAGAAACGCUUAAAUAACAUACAUGGUGGGAGGUUUAUCUGGGACCAGGUAGCAGAAAUAGAGCAGUCAUUAAGUGAGGGACAGGAACAUGAGUAGUCAACGUAUACAUAUUGCUAACUCUGGUACUUCACCUGACAUCACCUACACCAAAUUUAGUCCCACCCAACUCAAACCAAUCUGAAGAAAAUGGUAGGAAAAAAGUAAUUUCAAAAAUCUCUGAAGAGAAAAAAACAACAAUAUUCUUUCUCGGAUAGUUCAUUGUAAUAACAUCACAAAAACUAUAGAUAUAGUAUAUAUAAAGGAAAAUCAUGUAAAUGAGUAGACAGCCUGACUAUGUUCAGGCAGCUAAACCUCAUUAUAGAUUAAACAUGAUUAAUUUAUGGCUUAAGUAAAUAAGGGAGCAAUUAGCUUUUUUACUGGUAAUUCACAAGUUGGAUGAAUUUGCUCCUUUAAUAAAAUGAAAUAAUAAUUUAAAAAAUGUCUUUUGUGUUUGAUAAGGUACUCUUUGUGUAAUGUUACAUUUAAAGACCUAAAAGCAUUUAGUGUAAAAAACAGUAAUAGAGAAAAUCAGAAAGUGUUCAAUAAUUUCUUAUGCACUGCAUUAUGUAGCAUGUAUGUGUAUGGGAAAUGGGGUAUGGGGGUAUGUGUAUUUUUUUAUCCACUUGUUUUGACAAUGAUAUUUAUAUUAUUUAUAUAAUAAUGCUAGUGCAGGCUGAAUCCAACUGUUUUCUGCCCAACCCACUAAUGGAUUUGCAGUGUUUGAAUUGAUGCGUUGCUUGUUGGUCCUGAUCCUUCUAUAGGAGUAAAGGCACCCCCCAUAAAAGAGACAAAAUUGAACGAGGGUUGUGUGUUAUUUUCUGCCAAAGUUGCUUUCACUUAAGGUGACCAUCUUCUUUUAAACGUGCUCUUUGUGUUCAGCAUUAGACUCCUGCCCCUAGAAAACUUGGCCAGCCUAAAUCUGCAACAUAAUGUUUAUACUAACCUAUUGCAUCAUGAGAUAAACCUGAUAAACUGUAAUUUAGAACUACAAAAGUGCACCUAUAAGGUGAAUGGGGCUGAUAAACUGAAAAUGUUUCGAUACAGGAAGGUGUAUGUAAUGAAGUGGCUGGUCAGUGUAUAUUGUGAAAAUAGCAUUAUUCAUUACAUAGGUCACAUAGGUAAGGAAAACCCCAAGACCUCAAUUCGAACCCUGACUGCUGGGCUGGGGACAUCCUGAAAUGUAUUGCCAACCACAGUCACAAAAGGUGCAUUAAAAAAAAACAAGGUAAAAAAC